AUGAGCGGUUCUAACGCAAGCACAAACAAUUUGGAUCUGGAUCUAAACUUUGACUUCAAACUGGAUACAGAUAUGAACAGUAACACUACACGCCCGAACGAGCAAGAACAACAACAACAACAGCAACCUUCCUCAUCUGUCUCUCAGAUAAAGCACGAGUCAUCCUCAACCAUGUCUCCCCGCGACGCAAAUAUUUUUGAACAAUACUUAUUGAAUAACCAAAUUGCAAACUCCAUAAUCAAUAACACCAACAAUAUUACGCGAAAGCAAUCUGCUACCACGGACAGAACUAACAAAUAUGAAUCGCCAUCUAGCGAAUCCAACUCAAAUUCACCCUCCUUCUUACAAAAUCCUAUCUUUAAAUUGGAAAAUAACGAUAUCAAUAUGAAUAUCUUACAAUCUGAAUUAUCAAACCCACCAGUACAACAAACAAGACUAUCGAUAUCAAGUAACGCACCCACACAAUACCUCUCACCAACAAGUACGGAUCGACCCACAUUGAAUGACACCAGCUUGUCAUCACCAUACACUUCACCAUACGUCAAGAACGCGAAUUUGGCUGUCUCUCCCACGAUAUCAUACUUGUCACCCGCGGAUUUAAGUAAUAAUAAUACAUCCUUGACGGACGUCGAGGGAGAUAAUGACGAUCUAUUAAGUAUAUAUUCCAAUAACAGCUCCAACUUCAUGCUCCCAUUGAACGAUGAAGGUUUGAAAUAUAUCUCCAAUCUGGAUGAUAUGGACCUUAUCAUCAAUGGAGGCUCAUACAAUGACGAAUUGAACCAAUUUUAUGAAUCUUUGAAUCCGGUAAAACAGGAAGAUGGACAGAAUUUCAAUUUUGAACCCCAGACUAUCACGUCAAACACACAGCAACAACCGGUACCACUGAUAAAUACUCCAAUUAUUUCCAUUCAGGAGUUUCAAGAAAAUUUUAAUAGUACCAACAACCAACAGCAACAACAGUUCAUAUCGUCACCUAUUAACGACGACGACAACAACAACCUCUUGAACCCAUUUGUAAUAGAAGAAGCAAACGAUACGCAAAGGAAUGACGAUAUAAUAACCGCAAGAAAGGCAAGAAGGAAAAGUAGAAGUGGAACCAGCUCCCGUAGAUCUUCCUCGGUGCACCACCAUCACAACCAUAAUCACCAUGGUCAUCAUCACACACCAGAGGAGAAGGCACGAUCCAUAAGUGAGAAUAGAGAGAAACUACUAGAAAUGGCGGAUCUCUCCACAGCGACACAUUCAGAUGACGAUGAGGAAAGUAAUGAAUCUGAAAAUGUUGUAAUAGAGAAAAGUCCUAGGAAAGCAAGAAGAAAAAGCUCUCAGACUACCGGUCGAUCAGGUUCUGGUGCAUAUGCUUGCGAGUUAUGUGAUAAGACGUUUACGAGGCCUUAUAAUUUGAAAUCUCAUUUAAGAACACAUACUAAUGAGAAACCAUUUGUUUGUAAUAUUUGCGGGAAGGCAUUCGCAAGACAACAUGAUAGGAAACGUCAUGAGGAUCUUCAUACGGGAAAGAAAAGAUAUGUGUGUGGAGGGGUUUUAAAGAAUGGGACGCCCUGGGGGUGUCACAAGAAAUUUGCUCGUAGUGAUGCCCUGGGGAGACAUUUCAAGACUGAUUCCGGUAGAAAAUGUAUUGCCCCCUUGUAUGAAGAGGCUCAAUUAGAAAAGGCAAUGAAUGGCGAUCAUACGGAAAUUGACGUGGGUCUCGGAAUAUGA